GGAGUGUGGCCUAGCGGGUCUCUUUGGCUUCAUGCUUGCAUAGAGUUAGCAUCACUCUGUCAACCUCUGAAGGCAAGGCAUCCACACAGGUGAAUUGAAUUUUUCUCCUCUGGCUUUGUCUGCCACACUGGUUCAGUCCUCACGAUGUACAGUUUCAUGGGAGGUGGGCUGUUCUGUGCCAUUGUUGGUAACAUCCUUCUUGUGGUCUCCACGGCAACAGACUACUGGAUGCAGUACAGACUGUCGGGGGCUUUCGCUCAUCAGGGCCUGUGGAGGUACUGCAUGUCGGGGAAGUGCUACAUGCAGACGGACAGCAUUGCUUACUGGAAUGCCACAAGAGCAUUCAUGAUCCUGUCCGCCAUGUCCUGUUUCGCUGGGAUCAUCGCUGGCAUCCUGUCCUUUGCUCACUUUUCUGCUUUCGAGAGGUUCAACAGGUCCUUUGCAGCUGGGAUCAUGUUCUUUGUUUCCACUUUGUUUGUGCUGCUGGCGAUGGCCAUCUACACCGGCGUCACGGUCAACUUCCUGGGUAAACGCUUCGGAGACUGGAGAUUCUCGUGGUCUUACAUCCUUGGCUGGGUAGCUCUGCUCAUGACGUUUUUUGCAGGUAUAUUUUACAUGUGCGCCUACAGAAUGCACGAAUGCAGAAGAGUUUCCGGACCUCGCUGAUAACAUCGGGAGCUCGGAAACGACGGAGUGGUCAAAGUCAAGAAAAACAAGACGAAGGGUCCCGACACAAAGUUUCAAGCUUUUUAUUUUUUCAUUUUUUUUUUAAAGUCUCAUUUACUUUGAUUUUAAAAAUAGAAAUCUUACAACAUUGUCAUUAUUGCACAACUGUUAAAAAAAAUAAAAAAAAGAGAGAGAGAGAAAGAAAGAAAGAAAAAGGAAA